AUGCCACAAAAUGCUUGUGCCACAUUUGUGUGGAAGGAACUCGCCGAAAUGAGACUAACUUUCAUCCUUUCACUAGUUGGCCUUCUUUCGCUCAAUCAUAGUUUAGACCAUUUAGAUCCAAUCACUUCAAGAUUGUCGCGCAUUACUGCGGGCAGCAAUGCUGCACAGAGUGAUUUUCCGUACAUUGUUUCGAUUCGGCUAGUGACGCGUGAACUCGUUGGCGGCUUUGGGGAGGGUUUCUUCUGUACCGGAGUUUUGGUUUCGCCAAGAGAUGUGCUCACUAGUGCCAGCUGUGUGUUGAACGGCAGUGGACUGAGAUUUCCCGAGGAGUUGCGUCUUGUAUUGGGGAUUACAUCCAGAACGAACAGUAGCGGGGCUAUCGUGGUGGAACCAAAGCAAUUUUGGGUUCAUUACAAAGCGAGUCUUGCCUUCUUGAGGCUGAAACAAGAAUUGGUAAAUGUUCGAACGGUGGUAUUGAACAAUCUGGAUCAGCAGUCGGGUAAAAUGUGUCUGAUUGCUGGGUGGGGAGCGAACAGUAGCAACUCCGAUUCCCUGGAAUGGCUGCAGAAGCUGGACGUGAGGAUUCAUACCGAAAGUUAUUCGAAUGGAUUGAUUUGCGCGGAGCCUAAGAAUGAGAGCGCUGGAGUUUGUUUUAGAGAUCUUGGAGUACCGCUGCUAUGUGAUGGUUCAUUGGUUGGUGUUUUAGUAAAUGAGCCAAAACAGUGUGGAGGGCAAAUAUCCGAAUUCGCUAGCGUGAGGAUCUACUACGAGUGGAUUGAAUCUCAAAUUGCACGAGCGAGUGCCGUGAAAUCAUACAAGUGUAUUGAUAUUGUUAUCAUCGUUAUAAUAAUAUUUACACAUCACUUGAAUUCUCAUGUAAAAUAA